GCGAGCCUCGCUAACAGUUUGUCCAGAUGAACUGCAUCCAAUAGCCGAACAGCUCCAUUCUCAACACGGAGCAGCGUACAUAAUCGAGCAUACGAGAUCGUCCCCGGCUCUAGAACGUUGAAGUUAUGCCAAGAUACCCAGGUCGGGCCGCACGCAAUCUCCCUGCGCUCGUGUCUUUGAUUAUCCUCAAUAUGGCAUCGCCGCAUUGCGGGCCGCGAGGAGCAAGGAGCUCAAAGGCAGAGCUGGCUGUAGGAACUGGCCGAAUACACCUUGUGCAAGGACCCGUUCUACGCAUCUUGCGUACCUUUCUCGGCGCGGGCCCUCUCCCGGAUCUGGGCGUAUCGUUGAGCCAACGUAUUCUUGCGUGCUGCCUAUUCUCAAUUAUCUGUUCCUCGCAAUUUUUCUUGAUCGGUAGUAAGUAAGGGCGUGGAGAUGGUAGGACGCAGACAACUGCUGCUCCCGCUCACGAAAAAUGGGAACUUGCUUGAGCUUGGCCGGGAGUAGAUUAACUAGGAUUCGACAGGAACCUGGUUGUAUUCGCUUAAGCUAUCCCAAUGGGGCGAUCCGUG